GAGCAAGCCAGUCGCUCAACUUCUUUUUAGCCGGGACAGUUCUGAUCAGAAGUUGUGAAGACGGCAUGCAUGAACUGAGGGUCUAAUUUCCCUCUCCUCUUGAUUUAACCUUACAAAGAGAAGCCGUUUAAAUACUUCAGAUCAAGACAUGCUUAUUCUUCUUCUAACGAAAACAAGGAUUUUAAUUCAUUGCUUUGCCUAGAGAACAUAAUGCCUUCCGGAGACGAUGCCAAGAGUCUACCAAAUCCAUGAAGAGUAACAAAAAUGAUGACAGAAAUUAAAACUUGUACAAACCAUGAUGCACCCCAUAUCAAUUGCCACCAGCGUGUCUCCUGAAAAGCAUUUGACCUUCAAAACCGCAAUAAUAAUGGGGCCCAAUGUGUCAUAUGUGAAGCUUUCAGAUCAUUAUCAUCACCUGGGCCAAGAUAACAGUAUUUCAACCAAUUAUUCACAAGGUCUGCUUGGGAAUUCUACAAAUAAUGAGUUUACAACUAUUGUUUUACCUGUGCUUUACCUCAUCAUUUUCCUGGCAAGCAUCUUGCUGAAUGGCUUGGCCGUAUGGAUUUUCUUCCACAUUCGAAACAAGACGAGCUUCAUUUUUUACCUUAAGAACAUCAUGGUCGCAGACUUGCUAAUGACUCUGACAUUUCCAUUUAAAAUCAUUCACCACUCAAGAAUGGGCCCAUGGGACUUCAAUUUCUUCCUAUGCCGUUACACAACAAUCCUGUUUUAUGCCAACAUGUACACCACAAUUGUAUUUCUUGGACUCAUUAGCAUUGACAGAUAUCUAAAAGUGGUGAAACCAUUUGGAGAUUCCCGGAUGUACAGCAUCACUUUUACAAAGAUUUUAUCGGCAAGCGUUUGGAUUGUCAUGAUAUUCCUGGCAGUGCCAAACGUGAUCCUUACAGAUGGUUACCCAACUAGGAAAAAUAUAGGUGACUGCUUAAAGCUAAAAACUCCUUUAGGAGUAAAGUGGCACGAAGCAGUUCUAUAUAUCAACAACAGCAUGUUUAUCAUUGUACUGACUGUCCUAAUAGGGUGUUAUAUUGAAAUAUCCAAAUAUAUCCAUAAAUCAACCAAGCCAUUUCUUAGUGCUUCAAGUCGCAAGCGGAAACAUAACCAAAGCAUAAGGGUGGUUGUGGCUGUAUUUUUCACCUGCUUUGUACCAUAUCAUUUGUGCAGAAUACCUUUUAUUUUUGGUCAUCUGGAUAAAUUUUUCGGUGAUCCAGCACACAAAAUCCUUUACUACUGCAAGGAAGUGACUCUUUUCCUGUCUGCAUGUAACGUGUGCCUAGAUCCAAUUAUCUAUUUUUUUAUGUGUAGAUCAUUCUCACGAAGGUUGUUCAGGAAGUCAAACAUGCAAACAAGGAGUGAAAGCAUUAGAUCACUUCAGAGUGUCAAAAAGUCAGAAGUGCGCAUAUACCAUGAUUAUACUGAUCUGUGACACUUCUAUACCUUCAUCGAAUACCUUUUUCUUAUGUGUCCCAGCAAUAAGUUUAUUAUUUCUACAUAAUAAAAGUAUUUUGUUUGAUUAUAUGUGUUUUAACAAAUACGUGCCAAACCAAAGUUUUCAUAUUUCUUACUGUGCAAGAUUGGAAGACUGGCAAUAUUUGAAAAGACGAUUGAGAAGAAGGUUUAAAGGCUCUGCAGCAUUAGAGAAGCUGCAUAGUGUCAUCUAGUGGAGAACAUAAUAAUAAAGCAUGCUAUUAGGAGUCUUUAGAAUCAAAAUUGCAGUUGAUUCAGGCAGUGCUCUCUGAAUUGUUCCUGCCCAACAUGAAUUGUAUAAACCAAAAUUAAAUCUGCAAGUCUCACAUUCAUAAGAUACAUUUCACUGGUUAUCAGGUUAGUUCGUCACGUGGGGAAAAAAGGAAAGCUUGGAGGAAUGCAAAAAUGAAGUACAAAAGUACAAGAAAGUAUUUUUACAGUGUUU